UUCUGUUGGAGUAAAGCGAUGGGGCUGGAUCACAUGGUCGAGGAGAGGAGGAGGGGACCCUCACCAUCCUCACUCCAAAACUGAAUCCAAGUUUGUAUCUGUGCCAUACACGCUUUGCUCGCUUCUAUUCGUGCCUAAAAUAAACUGGACUUUAUUUAACUGGAAUAUAUUUUUUGCAUAUGGAUAUUACUUUCGCGUUCACGGAGUUGGAAUGGAUAUCUCAUCAUAGUUUGCGGCUAAGCAUGAACGCAUAUGGACUGGAGAUAUCAGGGUUAGCCUAACAGUGUCGGUCUCAGGGUGUGCAGCGAUGCCUCCACAGGGUGUUGGGGAGUAUAAACCCGUGUCAGGAUCUUUAGUGCCACCGGUACCACCGCGCAGAUUCAGGAGUAAAGAUGUGGCCAAAAGAAGCCGCUGGGGCUCGGCGCCGGAGCGCAGGGUGAAGUGCGUACUGGUUGGAGACGGAGCGGUGGGUAAAACAAGUCUGAUCAUUAGUUACACCACCAACGGCUAUCCCACGGAAUAUGUUCCAACGGCUUUUGAUAACUUUUCAGCGGUGGUUGCUGUUGAUGGCAAGCCUGUGAAGCUCCAGCUGUGUGACACCGCGGGCCAGGACGAGUUUGAUAAGCUGCGACCUCUGUGCUACACCAACGCUGAUGUCUUCCUGUUGUGCUUCAGUGUCGUCACACCAUCCUCAUUUCAGAAUGUCAGGGAGAAGUGGGUGCCCGAGAUCCGACGGCACUGUCCACGUACCCCCAUCCUGCUAGUGGGCACCCAGGCAGACCUCCGGCAGGACGUCAACAUUCUCAUUCAGCUGGCCAAGUACAAAGAGCGUCCAGUGGAGCCACAAGAGGCGUGCACGUGUGCUGAAGAGGUGCGUGCCGUGUCAUAUAUGGAGUGCUCAGCACUUACCCAGAAGAACCUGAAAGAGGUGUUUGAUGCAGCGAUAGUAGCCAGCAUUCAGAACACAGACAACCAGCAGCAGAGGUUGAUGAAACGCACGCCCAAAAAGAUGAGGACACUCUCUAAGUCCUGGUGGAGGAAAUACUGCUGUCUGACAUAGAGGGACACGAUGGAUAUAUACUCUUGGAACUUUUAAGUAUAGACUUAAAGACAAAACCAAUGGCUUUAGGGGUUGCUGGAGUAAUUUAUGAAUAGAGAUUAAAAUUUUAUUGAAAUGUGAUAAGACAGUGCAGAAGAAUAGAGUAAGUGAAAUGAAAAAAAAAUCUACAAACAUUAACUACACUUACCCCUCAUUUACAGUGGAAAAUACAAAUGAGUUGCUUGUGUCUAGUUUCAUGUUUCUACUCCAGCCAGUGUUUGUGCUUUGUCUUGAAUAACAGUGAGCAAAGAGAAUCAAAGAUGCACAACAGCAUAGCAAUAGAGAGCUACAUGCAAUGAACUCAUCAUCAUUGCAGGUGCAGUUAAUUCAACAUAGGUAUUUUAUUAUUCAGCAGACCUAUUUAACACUAACCAAAUACAAUGUUCCUGAAGUUUCUCUUUCUGAAAGUCAGACUACUCAGCCUACACUGUGAAAUAACAAAGCCCACUUGGGUGUGCCCAGACAGAGGACACUAGUCCCACUAGUCCACCAAUAUUUAUAUUCUGUUCUUCUUUUACAAUAAAAAUUUGUUUCUAAAUCCUAAUUAAACAACCUAGAUGAACAGCUUUUCUCAAGCAAGAAUAUCAUGAUUUCCUGUUGGCAAGCUGUCAAGGCCUGCUUCAGUCAAAGUUUGCUAAAGAGUUAAAUCCCCAUCUGCCAAAAGCAAAUAGACAUUCUGGUGCAGUAUCAGUAGUUUGACAUCGGUUUCUUUUCAGCAAUCUAUGAGACUGAAGGACAGCCCAGGUCGAAAACAGCUGAAUGAAAAAAAGAGUCUUGUUUACUCUAUGACUUAAUCCAGAGCUUCCAUUCAAAACAUACCAUGAGGUCAUGGCCAGUAAGUGAGUAUUAAACCGGCCAGUUAAAAUUUGUGUAUGUACUGCAUGUCCAUGCCAGAAGUACUUAAACUAGAAAAAUGAUGUUUGCUUUCUAUGUCACUAGGCAUUUGCUGUUUAUCUGUUAUAAAGAUAUGGUGUAGAAUCGAGGUUAGUGUUUAAUGCAGGAGUUUCCAUUGAAGUUGCAGAUCGAUAUCUCACAGAGCUAGAGAUUCGGAAAGCCUUGAUAAUGCUGAUAAAUUUGAAUGUAUUGUUAUAUACAGUGUGUUUUCUUUACAAUUUCUGUAUUGUUUUGUUCAUUUCCAUAAAAAAUGACCAGUGCUUGCUUCAUUAAUUCUAUACAGCAAUCUAGCCAACUGAAGUGACUCAUGAAACUAUGAAAGUUGGAUAUGAAAGUGUAUGAGAAGCCUGAAAUUAUAUGAUAAAUACAGAAAACUGUGAUAAAGUAUGUAAAGAAAUGUCCAAAAUGGUUUCUGUAUAGCUCAGGUAAAGCUGGAUCAUACAGGUUUCGUUUAACAAGUCGAUAACAAGUGACUCUAGUGGAUUAUAUUAUUUACCACUUUAAAUGUUAUAUCACAUAAGAUCUUAUGGUUGGUUUUAUUUAUUUCUUUUCUUUUCUUUCUUAUUUUUCUGAAAUCAAACUCACAUUAAUGGUCAAUAACAUUGCCAAUUAUAAUAACAGUGCUAUUGUUUAUUAGGAAUCUGUCUCCAUGACAUUUGACUGAAUUCUGACUGAAUUUUAUGUGCAUGAAAAUGACUAUGAAAAGAAAUUGAUAUAGUGUUGUGCCUUGUCUCCUGUUGAGACAUCUCAAUCUGAUGUCAUGAAACACUACAGUUAUGAAGCAUUAGCAUCAUUUAUUGCUCAACAUUUACCCAGAGGUUGUAAAUAGAGCUUUAUCAUUGGGUAAAUAAUUGAUCAGGUCCACCCACGUAAGAUGAACUGGAAAAGUCACCUGCUGGAACGGGACAUGAGCAAGUGAAAAUGGAGUGGCACUGAAUAGAGAGGUUAAAGUUUCACAAGAUAAGCAAUGGUAGACUCUGGAGUAUCAAUAAGCCUGCCCUUCCUAACAUGCUUGUAUCAGCAGUGAACUGAAACUGAUGUCUCUUUGAAGGUUGCCUUCAUAUGAAAAACAAAUAUAGCUCCUCAUGUCUGCCAUCCAUAAGAGAGUAAGUGAAUGUGUAGAUGGAGUUAUUGGCUAUCUGAAUGUGAAAGGCUGAAUGCUGUAAUUGUACAUGUGCAAGAGAAUGCUUGCUGAACAUAUACAACUGGAAAUAAAGGUGCUGUUAAAAGA